AUGAACCACCCUGGUCAGAUCGGUAACGGAUACGCUCCAGUGCUCGAUUGCCACACAUCUCACAUUGCAGUCAAGUUCUCUGAGAUCUUGACCAAGAUUGACAGACGUUCUGGUAAGGAGCUCGAGAAGGAGCCCAAGUUCUUGAAGAACGGUGACGCUGGUAUGGUUAAGAUGACUCCACCAAGCCAUGGUGGUCGAGACGUUCUCGAGUACCCCCAUUGGUUUUCAGUGAAUACGUUUCCCAUGACUCUACAAACUUCUUCUUCUUCUUCGUGUUUUGAUUUCCGAAAUCGAAUUUACGUGUCUCGUCGUCUGCUCUGUCCAUGCUCCAAUCAGCACAGCUCGGUUUUGUUCGGAGAUGAGCUCGCGAAGAGCCGGGUUCCACGUCGGAAACUCAAAUUCUCGGUGGUCAAUGCGAAAUCUCGGUUCAUUUCUUGCGGAGUUCCCGGCGAUUCGAAGAAUCUAGGAUUAGUGACUUCGAAUAGUCUUUUCAUUUCCAGGUUUUCGAUUGAGUUCACGCUUCAGGAUGACCAUAGCAAUAUCAGUAACUUUAGGGAAGAUCCGAUAGUGGAUAAGCUUAGUACACAAUUGGGUGUAAUCCAUCAAGUUCCGUCGCCGCCGAUUAACCGUAGCGUGAUUGGUCUAUUCGUGUUCUUCUUUUUCGUUGGUGUUGCUUUUGAUAAGCUAUGGACGUGGAGAAAGAGGCAGAGAGAAAUGGGCGGAGAUGGAGGUCAACGAGGACCAUGGUCACAGGUGCCCAACAGCUUCUCAUUGUUCCUAGAGAAAGAUUUGCAGAGGAAAGAGUCAGUGGAGUGGGUGAAUAUGGUGUUGGGGAAGCUCUGGAAAGUGUACAGAGGUGGGAUUGAGAAUUGGCUCGUUGGGUUGUUGCAGCCUGUGAUUGAUGACUUGAAGAAGCCUGAUUAUGUGGAAAGAGUUGAAAUAAAGCAGUUCUCGUUAGGUGAUGAGCCUUUGUCUGUCAGAAAUGUAGAGAGGAGGACAUCUCGCCGUGCCAACGACUUGCAGUAUCAGAUUGGGCUUCGGUAUACUGGUGGUGCCCGGAUGUUGUUGAUGCUCUCUUUGAAAUUCGGAGUUGUCCCAAUGGUUGUGCCAGUUGGUGUCCGGGAUUUUGACAUUGAUGGUGAGCUUUGGGUCAAACUAAGGUUGAUACCGACACAGCCUUGGGUGGGAGCUGUAUCAUGUUCAUUUGUAUCACUUCCAAAGGUCACGUUUCAACUUGCAGCAUUCAGAUUGUUUAAUCUAAUGAGAAUUCCUGUUCUAUCAAAGUUCUUGACCAAACUGCUCACAGUGGAUUUGCCUCGAUUAUUUGUCCGACCAAAGAAGAUUGUCUUGGAUUUCCAAAAAGGAAAAGCUGUUGGACCUGUUUCAGAAGACCUAAAAUCUGUAGAAAUGCAGGAAGGAAACAAGGAUUUUGUCGGAGAACUAUCUGUUACUCUUGUAGAUGCUCAGAAACUUCGAUACAUGUUCUCUGGUAAAACUGAUCCGUAUGCAAUUCUAAGAUUAGGGGAUCAAGUAAUCCGUAGUAAAAAGAACAGUCAAACUACUGUCAUUGGGCCUCCUGGUCAGCCAAUCUGGAAUCAGGACUUUCAAUUCCUUGUCUCAAAUCCUAGAGAGCAAGUAUUACAAAUUGAGGUCAAUGAUCGUCUUGGGUUUGCCGAUAUGGCUAUUGGUACUGGAGAGGUUGAUCUCAGAUUUCUUCAAGAUACAGUUCCUACAGACAGAAUUGUGGUUUUGCGUGGCGGUUGGAGUUUGUUUAAGAAGGGAUCUGCGGGUGAGGUUCUGCUCCGGCUUACAUACAAAGCAUAUGUGGAGGAGGAAGAAGAUGUCAAGACCAAUGUCAAAGCCAUUCAUGCAGAUGCUUUUAAUGAUGGAAUGUCUGAUUCAGAAGAACAUGGCUCAUUUGUGCGGAAGGAAAAGGUUUCUUCAGAUGAUGUUGGUUCUGAGUCAUUUAUGAGUGUGUUGUCUGCAUUAAUUGUGAGUGAGGAGUUUCAAGGCAUAGUUUCAUCUGAAGCUGGAGACAAUGAACUUUCUGGUGGUGGUGACUCACGUGAGGUUCCGGUACCUUUUAAGGCUGGUUUAGACACAAGAUCACAACCUGCAGAUCCUAGUAAUGGGUCUGAAAACAACACAGGUGUAUCAGGUUCCGAAAAUUCUGAUAGAGGUUCAGGCGAUGGUGGAGGAUUAGCAUUACUGUGGUUCGGUAUAAUCACUGGUAUAUUGGUGCUUGUUGCUAUCAACAUGGAAGGCUCAAGUUUCUUCAGCCCGUAA